AUGGCGAUACCGGGCACAGCGAGGUCGAAAGACGAGUUGGCGGAGAGGUAUACCAUCAGAGACCACUGGAAAUGCAUGGCGGCCUGCCUCCUGCUGUCGCUCUGCCCCUUCCAGUAUGGACUCGAUUUUGGGCUGAUCGGGGGCAUGCAAGCCAUGGUUGGGUUCCUUCAGGUAUUUGGGUACCAAGACCCCAACGUCCCCGGUGGGUGGAACAUAUCGACGGAGCGCCAGCAGCUCAUCUCAUCGCUCAUGACGCUGGGGGCAUUUGUGAGUUCGUCACUGGCUGGACCCAUCGCCACUGUCAUUUCUAGGAGGAUGACAGUCUGGGCGGCCAGCGCCAUGUGCAUCGUUGCGAACGUGAUCAUGAUGGCUACGACGAAUAUUGGAGGGCUGUAUGCGGGCCGUCUGAUUCUGGGUCUUGCCAAUGGAGUGUUCAUGACAUUUGGGCAGUUGUAUAUCCAGGAAUGCUCGCCGGCCCGGUACCGCGGCUUCCUCAUCUCGUCCUUCCAGGUCUUCACCUCUGUCUCCACCCUGGUUGGCACCGUCGUCGACAACUUUACUGCCAAGAUAGUCGGCCGGAACGCGUACUUGAUCCCUCUUGGUCUCAUUUACAUCCUCCCCGUUAUUAUCUCCGUCGGUCUACUCUUCGUGCCCGAGUCCCCUCGUUGGCUGGCUCAGCACGGUCGUCAAGACGCGGCGCGCAGGGCGCUACGGUGGUUUCGUCCAGGUACAGAAGGAGAAAUUGAUGCGGAGAUGCACGACAUUGUAACGGCGCUGGAGUUGGAGAUUGUGAGGGAGAGGAGCAUCGCCGUGUGGGAUAUGUUCCGGAAUCCGAUCGAUCGGAGGAGAACCAUCUUGGCCGUUUGUACAGUGGCGGUGCAAGGGUCGUCUGGGGCCAUGUUCAUCAUUGCAUUUGGCACAUACUUCUUCCAGAUGGCAGGCAUCGGCGAUGCCUUUGAGAACUCGUGCAUUUUGAUAUCGGUCGGCGUCAUAGCCAUCUUAAUCAACAGCGCCAUUAUCACCCGUUACGGUCGUCGUCGCGUGUUUUUGGUCACCGGCCUCACGCUUUGUGGCCUCACCCAGCUACUCAUGGCCGUUGUGUACCAAGUCAACCCUGGCGCUCAAUCCACCGGCCAGGCCGUUGUUGCAUUGGCUAUUCUGUACAUUUUCGCAUACAACGGCCUGGUAUCCACGUACGCGUGGAUCUCCGGUGGCGAGCUGCCUUCCCAGCGACUGAGGAGUUAUACGUUCGGUCUUGCUACAGCGGUCGGCUUUUUCGUGGCCUGGCUUACGACAUUUACGGCGCCGUACUUUAUCAACCCCAACGCUCUCAACUGGGGCCCUAAGUAUGGGUUUAUAUGGGCACCGUCGUGUUGGGUUUCGGCUCUGUGGGUGUACCUGUUUCUCCCCGAGGUCAAGGACCGCACCUUGGAGGAGAUUGACGAGAUGUUCGAGGCAAAGCUUCCAGCCCGGAAAUUCCGCAAGUAUGUCUGUGUUGGUCGGUAUGGGGAAGAUGUGAGUGCGGGGGUUGGAUCUGAGAAGGACGGUCCAGAAGUGAUACACGAGGAGGUUCCCAAGGUUUGA